CUCUCAACAUAGCAGAGGCAGCAACGUCGUGCGAGGUGGAAGGGACCUGGCUGAGUUUUGAUGUUGACACAGUAGCCUUACCAGCAGUCCGGUCGGAUACAGAUAAUGUAGACUUGUGGCUUUGAUGACAGAAGGGCAACAUGUGUGGAUUAAAUUGGUCAUGCAAUGAGUCAGUAUGCAAUGUUGUUGUAAUGGUCCUGAGUCUGUAACGGGUAGACAUGCUUGGAGGUGCCGUCUUCGUCAUGCGUUAUUACCGCAGAUCCACUAACCGGGAAAGUUGUUCUGUUUGAUUGGGAAAAAAUAUGCAUCUGUUCCGGAGUUACAAUUAUCGAGUUUUCCCGGAUCGUUAUUCUGUGGAAACAUCGAGCAUUCGAGGCAUCAGUUGGACCCCCCUGCCAGAGGCUCUUGACACACAGGACACCAUGAAACAGUUUCUGUCUGAUCGUAUUCUGAAGGCAGCCAGGGUGGUGUACAGUGCCUUGAUAGAGCGUAACCCUGACCUGAUCAGAGACAGAAAGCAUCACCUGAAGACCUACAGACAAUGUUGUUCAGGGAAAGAUCUUGUUGACUGGCUGAUGAAGCUAAACAAAUGCCUCCAAUCAAGGAGCCAGGCAGUUGGAAUGUGGCAAGUCCUGGUGGACGAAGGAAUCAUUGUUCAUGUGAAGCAAGAGUUAAACUUCCAUGACAAAGACACUCAAUUUUACCGCUUCCUGGAUUCGGAGAUUGGACUGAACCACUUGACUAAUGAGAAGGAUGCACUGAAUCACACAGCCAAUGAGAAUCUCUACCUGAAACACACAACCAAUGAGAAGGACCAAUCAGACGAAGAGCUGCAGGAGGGUUUGUCGUUAUUACUCCAGAUGGGUCCAGAUGCUCUUCUGACCAUGAUUUUACGUAAAUGCCCCAGCCAGCGAAGUGCUGAGGACCUGGAAGUGAUCUAUGAGGAGCUGCUUCAUGUCAAAGCUGCUGCUCAUCUCUCCACCUCCGUGCGUAAGGAGUUGGCAGCAGUGUUGGUGUUUGAGUCCCAUGCCAAAGCAGGCACAGUAUUGUUCAGUCAGGGAGACAAAGGUACUUCCUGGUACAUCAUCUGGAAGGGCUCAGUCAAUGUCAUCACACAUGGAAAGGGUCUGGUGACGACGUUACAUGAGGGAGAAGACUUUGGGCAGCUGGCCCUGGUGAACGAUGCUCCCAGAGCAGCCACCAUCAUCCUGAGAGAGGACAACUGCCACUUCCUACGAGUCGACAAACAGGACUUCAUACGCAUCCUCAAGGAUGUGGAGGCUAACACUGUGCGUCUGGAGGAACAUGGGAAAGCUGUGCUGGUGCUGGAGAAGGCUGAGUCGACCAAUCAGGGAGGGACAGGAAACAUCAGCAAGUAUACGGUGAUGUCUGGAACACCAGAGAAGAUCCUAGAACACCUGCUUGAGACAGUGAAGUUGGAUACUAAUGGCAAUGAUGCUAUAGAUCCCUGCGUGAGCGACUUCCUACUGACCCACAGGGUCUUCAUGCCCUCCAGCCAGCUCUGCCCGGCCCUACAACAGCAUUACCAUGCUGAGCCGUCUGAGGGCUCAGAGCUGGAGAAGGCAGCCUACGCCCUCAACACUAAGCAGAAGAUAGUGAAGCUGAUUGGCCAGUGGGUGGCGCUGUUCAGCCAGAUGCUCAAAGACGACCCCAUCGCUGUUGACUUCCUGGAGACGCUGAGGAAAGAGGUGUCAGAUGACUCCCGUCUGUCCAGUAUGCUGAGAGAGCAGCUCAGAGACAGGAGGAGAACCAGAGUGCUGGAAAAUGGUUUUGGGGCACUGGCAAGAUUUGACUGGUUCUCUAGUUGUGAGGAGCCAGUAGGGAAGUGCCUGCCAAUCAGAUCACAGGACAAAGUAUUGUAUGAGAUAUUUCGGCCAGACCAUACAUCAGUCACUCUGAUGCUGCCGGUGAACAGCUCUGUUCAGGAAGUGAUGUCAUCGCUGAUAAACCCAGGAGGAGACCACGUCCUGGUCAAAAUGAAUUCCAUGGGAGACAGGACUCAGCUGAAGCUGGAUACCACAGCAGUCUACACCUCUCUGGGGUUGAAUGAGAGACUGUUCCUCUGCUCUGCCAGCCAGGUGGAACAACUGACGCCCCUGAAGAAGCAGCAGGGUCCUGAUCAGAGCACCAUGGACACUUGCGAGCAGAUGUGUCCCAAGGACAUCGCCAGCCAGCUCACCAACUAUGACUGGGAACUGUUCACCGCCAUGCACGAGGUGGAAUUAGUGUACUAUAUAUUUGGGCGACAUAAAUUCCCGGGCGCCACCACAGCUAACCUGGAGCGUUUCGUGCGUCGCUUCAACGAGGUGCAGUACUGGGUGGUGACGGAGGUGUGUCUGUGUACUGACCUGGUCAAGAGAGCCAUGCUGCUCAAGAAGUUCAUCAAGAUAGCCGUCGUAUUGAAGGAGCAGAAGAACCUAAACUCGUUCUUUGCGGUGAUGUUUGGUCUGAGUAACAGUGCUGUACAGAGACUUUACAAGACCUGGGAGAGAGUGCCGAGUAAGACGAAAAGGGUCUAUUGUGCAUACGAGAGGUUAAUGGAUCCAUCACGUAACCACAGAGCGUACAGACUGGCUGUGGCAAAGCUCAGUCCUCCCUACAUCCCCUUCAUGCCCCUGCUACUCAAAGACAUGACAUUCAUCCAUGAGGGAAACAAGAACUACACGGACAAACUGGUCAAUUUUGAGAAAAUGCGCUUGAUUGCUAAGACGGUGAAGAUAGUUCGAGGGUGCAGAAGCACGCCUUACGUGCCUUCAUCACCUCAGAAGGGACUUACAGACAGAAUGUUUCUGGAGGCGCCUUCCAUUCGGGUGUCCACAUAUUCCGAGCAAUCCCUCCCUCUCAGGAAUGCUAGCAACAUCCGCCACUAUGUUCAGAACUUUGAAGUGAUCGACAACCAGCACAAACUGACACAACUGUCCAGAGCAAUGGAGCGCUGAACCAAACCAGUGUAUAAGGACUGUUUUAUUACAGCCUGUGAAUCAGAGGUUGGCAGGGGAAUACACACCUCCAUGGUCAUACUAAUCCACAUGCAAGAUCUUCUAUAGACUCAUGUACAUGUCUGGUGUCAGGAAUGGAGGACUGUGGGGAUGUUUCUGGGAUGUUCAGUAUCACACAGAGAGCAUUGAAGAGAAGAAGCUCGUUGGACUACUAAUCAAUAGGACAAGGACCUGAGGAGGGAUCUGACUGGCAGUAUUUAGUGACCUCUAGCGUCUUACCAGAUAAGUUGUUUGUCCUCACCGACCACUGUUACUGAUAGGACUGUGCGGCGCUGCAACCUGAGGAAGAAGUAUAUACAUUUGGCAUUAUCUGUUAUUUAUACGAUCAUUUGUAUAGUAUACUAUUUGUAAGAUAAGCUUAUGGUUUUACAAGUAAGUGCCAUAAAAGCACAUACAAUAGUUCUAUGCUAUAGCUCCUAGUUAUGGUGUUUGUUUGUUUUGGUAUUUUUCUCCACUUUGUAAUACAACUAUAACGAACAAUAAAUUGUUGAGCAAUCAGUUUUUGCCAUACCGCAUAAACAAAUGUGUAAAACAUUUCAUGCCAUGGGCAAGUUUAUUUUUUUAAAUAAAUUAUUUUCAGAAGUGUG